GAUUGAUCAUCGCGACAUGCAUGCCCAAGGCCGAGAGCAGCGAACUUGCAUUUUUGGGAGACAUGACCUGGCAACGUGUGCGAGUAACCUUGAGAUUUCUGUCACAACGAAUAAUCAUUGGAAAGAGGCGGGCUUGUUGAUUUGUUGGUGGAACAUGUCGAGGGGAAUGAAACAAAUUUGGAAUUCGCACGUGUGGAGAAGGAACCCCACAUGUCAAAGGAAAGCGAAACAGACACGAGUUAGUGUGAUUUUGUGUGGACCCGCCACAUCAUUCUGCAGAGUGCCGACCUACAUAUUAGUUAGAAGCAGAUGCUGCAAAUCAAUGGGGAUUCAUAUAUAUAUGACUGGACCACAACACCAACAUUUGAGUCCGAAGCAUCAAGCUUGCAAAUUAUCCGUACACACGCAUGCAUAAUUAUUCUCCAACCAGCAGCGUACGUGUAUCAUUUCCUUUCUUUGAUUCUUCCCCUCCCAACCAUUACGGUCAACAUAAAACCACACUCCCCCUUUUCCAUCAUCUUUAUUUGAUCGACCAAAUUAGUGAUUCUAGUUUGUGACAUAAUCUCUAUUAUAUAUCCGUAUGUCGCGUGCAUCUUUCUUGCACACUACUCUGUGACAUGAUUGUAAACGCUAUUAUCUUCGAUUUUUAAUUUCAGAAAAUCUUUACCUUCGAUUUAACCAUCGCUUUUCAAUAUCUAAUCCAUCCUUUUUACCGAUCCGGUUCACGUUAAAAGUAUGGCUUCUUAUAUUAGAAAACUAAUAGUAGAUCUGCAAAUAACACCGAGUCUGUGUUGUUAAAAGAGCCUCCGCCAUGUUCCCUUAGAGAGGAGGAAGAUGAAUUAGGAACGGCCUCUGAGUGAUCUCGUUACUGGAUUUUUCUUUUUAUUUUUUUUUGAAAAAGGUGGCACUUUUUGGUUUCGUUGUCAACAAGAAAACUACAAAUCGAGGUCGAUGCGAUCGUCAGACCCAAAAUUUGGGGCGGGCUUUUUUAUUUGAAGGUUUGGGCCAAGAGCCCAUUGAAAGAGGGUCACAUUCGUCAAUCCACUCAAAAACAUAACAACCACGCAGUGUUUUUCUCCCCUUCUAACGGGCUUGUUCUUUCACUAGGUUCAAUCCCAACUGCCAAUACACUUUACCGCGUCCACGUGCGAUUAGGCACCACCACGUGUCCUCCUCUUAAUGGUUUUGCGAUUCUAAGAGUCACGUUCUACGUGAACUCGGCUCUAACUGAUUUCCCCUACUUCACCGAUCGAACCUCUUGUUCAUUUAAUCAUUUUCCCGCUCCAAAGCAUUCCGUACAAUAAAGCGCAACAGAAUAAGACAGAGUUAGACGAUAACAAUGACGACCGUGGCUGCAAAUGGAAACACUGAAGCCCCCAAGAAAAAUGUGACGUCCGUCGUCGUCAAUGGAAACGCUGAAGCCCUCGAGAAGAAAAGCACCACGACCCUCGCUGAAAAUGGAGACACCGAAAACUCGAAAAAGAACAGAAUCCAGGUUUCCAACACCAAGAAGCCGCUUUUCUUUUACGUCAAUCUCGCCAAGAGGUACAUACAGCAGCACAAUGAGGUUGAGCUUUCUGCAUUGGGGAUGGCGAUCGCGACGGUUGUCACAAUUGCAGAGAUUUUGAAGAACAAUGGACUCGCUACUGAGAAGAAAGUUUCGACAUCUACCGUUGGCAUUAAGGACGAGAAUAAAGGUCGUCUGAUGCACAAGGCUAAAAUUGAGAUUGUGCUGGGAAAAUCUGAGAAGUUUGACAAUUUGAUGGCUCCUGCAACUACUCCUGCCACUAAAACUGCAUCAGAAGCAGCUGUUGCUGAUGCCAAGAAGGGAUGAAUAGCGUAGAACCCUGUCAAUAAUGUGCACCUGUUGUAGUUAAUAUUCAAAUUCUUCUGCGUUCUUUGCGAUUAUAGAGAUAACUAGGGAGUACAUGUAUAAUUGUUUCAUUGGAUGCCCAUGAGGUAAAGGGUGACAUUAUAAUGAUAAGGCGCUACUGAGUGGUCUCAGUAGAGCUCAUCUUUCCACUGUUAUAGUUCGUAAUAUUUCUCCGCCACACAUACUGAUAAUGAUCAAUGGUUUUAAGCCUGCGAAGAUAAA